CGGCUGUUGUCUUUGCAAUCGGCACUCCACCAGCUCGCACGGACGCCGGUCACCUUCUCCGGCUAGUCACUCUCUCAGGCUCUCACUGUCUCACACUCACUCAAUCACCCUUUCAAUCUCUCAUUCAGAUUGAACUCAACAAUAAUGGCCAAGAGAAAGCAAGGAAACAAAGAGGAAGCAAUGACGACAUACAUGGAUAUGAAGUCCCAGAGGAUGGAACUGAAAUCGAUAUUGAAAGAUAUCGAGUAUAUGGGACCGUCUCAUAUGACAUGGAAAGAGAAGAAGGCUUUGGAAAACAGGAAAGUAGUUUCUCUUGGUGGAAAGCCUCCCAAGAAUCAGAGAUUGCCUCUAAGUGUAGCGCGAGUACCAAUGAAAAAACAGAAGGAAAGGGAUCAAAAGAUAUUACAAGAGAAUAUGAUACUUGGACAAGUCGGAGGGAAGCGUGGGAACCGUAGCAGAAGGGCAUCGGACUCACGUAAACCGGAGGACAGAGUGCUGUUGUCAACCGCAGGCCACUUCAAGAACGGGAUACUCAAUGUCAAAGACUUGUUGAAACCAGGUGCUUCUUCUAGGGACCGUAGUUUUUCUAGCAGCCAUGGGUUCGGUAAUGAUUCUAGCAGCCAUGGGUUGGGUGGUGGUUCUAGCAGCCGUGGGUCCGGUAAAGGUGGCAAAAAGAAGGGUGGAAAAAAGAAGCAGGGAAAGAAAGGUGGUCGCCGGAAAGGCCACUAGAAUAGUUCGCCGGCAUCUAAAUGGUUUAAGUUCUAAAAUGAAGUUUUGAUGGAAAAGUUGUGUUUUUGCAAUGAAGAUUUUGUUUUAUGCCUUUGUCACACGUAUUGCCUAUUUUAUGGGUUGGUUUAAUUGAAGCCCAAAUUGUAAGAAAAUAUAACAAGUUUUUGGUAAGGUUCCUAUUUUGUGUUACUGACCAGGAAUCGUGAGACCAUUUGUUGUAUUUUUUAGUACCUUCAAAAUGUUCUGUUGCGAAGGUUUCAGUGUUAUUUUGUAAUCUCAGUAGUCUCACAAAAACAUAUUGGUUUCA